UCACUGACCUUGACUGACCACACUGAAUCGAAUCGUUCAGUUCACUUAAAACUUUAAAUGAGUCAACUUUUUGAAACAGCUGAGUACCCACUCACGAAGUACUCAUCUCUAGGUUCAACUGUCAAGUGUUUAAUUUAGUUUUUACGCGGGCAGCUUAUUGAAAAGUAUGAAUUUUGUGGACGCAAGACCGUUCUGGAGUAGCGCACUUCUCGAAAGAGAUGACAUCGUAUCAUGGCGGCGAAGAUAUUUGGAAAACAUAAGGCAUUACCGACAACAAGGUAGACCGAUAUACUAUUUAGACGAGACGUGGGUCGAUACCCGUGAAAUGAUCGACCAGGCCGCCGUCGAUGCAUUCCUCAAUGGGCUCGCCACCGGUCAAGAAGAACCAUCGUGGAAAAGCAAACGACUCAUUGUGUUACACAUUGGAUCGUCUGACGGCUUUGUUGCCGGAGGGCUUCUGUGCUCCGAAUUGGAAAGAAAUUCUGCUGGAAAUUAUCACGAAAUGAACGGCGACACGUUCUAUGAAUGGUUCGUCAGAAUUCUACCGUUGCUCAAAGAAAAUGCCAUCAUCGUCAUGGACAACGCCUCCUAUCAUUCGAUAAAGAAAGAACGUUUUCCCGGUAAGUCUUGGAAAAAAAAAGACAUAACCAAUUGGUUGGGAAGUAAAGGCGAGAUCGUAGGCCGAUCGAUUGUCAAAGCGCAGCUGUUAGAACGGGUCGACCUUUUAAAACCGCGAUACGACGACGAUGCAUAUUAUGUCAUAGACGAGUUGGCGAAAGCAAAUGAUAAACUCGUGUUGCGAUUGCCUCCGUACCACUACAAGCUAAACCCAAUCGACCUCGCGUGGUCGCCGGUUAAACAUUACAUCCGAAUGCACAACACCACCUUCAAAGUAGAAGACGUGCGGCGAUUAUUAGUCAAAGGCGUGAAGCGGGUAACAGCCGAAAUGUGGGCGGAUUUUGUAGAGCGCGUCAUUAAGCAGGAAGACAUGUUCCGGAAUAUCGACUUCGUUGCCGACGAAAAACCGAACCAAACCUAACCUUUUCUUUUUUUUUUUAUAUCUAAGUUCCCUGCAAAAACUAGAGGGGGGGGAUUGUUGUUCACUAUUUGCUUCCCCUCUAGCAGCCCGCCUUUAAUCAAAUAUACAACUAUAAAUAUACACUAA